CUGUCCAUUCAGCUCUAUAUAUAGACCCAUCUAACCGAUCAUCGAAAGGAAACAGUAGAGAGAUUUCGAGAGGAAGAUGAUGAGGAAGGAAGAAAGCUUAUCGAGUUACUUCGUUCCUUGUUUCCACUCGCUGAAACAACAUGCCAAUUUCCUCGCCACUUUGUCUCUGCUCUUGCUCUUGGGAAUUAGCCAGCAAGGUUGCUUUUGUUCAGGGCAGGUGCCCGAGCCAGAGUUCACCAGGGAGGACUUCCCGCCGGACUUCAUCUUCGGAGCAGGAACCUCUGCUUAUCAGAUGGAAGGUGCAGUAGCAGAGGAUGGUAGAAAUCCAAGUGUAUGGGAUACGUUCACUCAUUCAGGAAAAAUGUUCGACAAAAGCAACGGAGAUGUAGCAUGCGACGGGUAUCAUAGAUAUAAGGAAGAUGCCAAGUUGGCUGCCGAUAUGGGACUUGACUCCUACAGAUUCUCCAUCUCUUGGCCAAGACUUCUACCAAAUGGGAGAGGAAUGGUUAAUCCAAAGGGGGUGGAAUAUUACAACAAUCUCAUCGAUGAGCUUCUGAAAUAUGGCAUCAAACCGCACAUCACACUCUACCAUCUCGAUCUGCCUCAAGCGCUCGAAGAUGAGUAUGAAGGAUGGCUAAGUCCUAAAAUACUGGAGGACUUCACGGCUUAUGCCAAUGUAUGCUUUCGCGAAUUCGGGGAUAGAGUAACUCAAUGGACCACUAUCGUUGAACCAAACAUAAUAGCAAUGGCAUCGUACGACAAUGCAGUGCUUCCCCCCAAUAGAUGUUCCAACCCUUUCGGCAUAUACAAUUGCACCGUUGGUAAUUCCACCACCGAACCAUACAUUGCGCUUCACAACCUCUUGUUGGCACAUGCUUCGGUCGUCAAGCUUUACAAAACCAAAUACCAAGCCAGACAAAAUGGGGUUAUAGGGCUGAACUUGUACACUUAUUGGUGCUAUCCCUAUACGAACUCUACAUUGGAUGUUCGAGCGACUCAAAGAACAUUGGAUUUCCUCUUAGGAUGUAUAUUGAAUCCCUUAGUGUUCGGAGACUACCCGAAGGUGAUGAAGAAGAUCGUCGGUUCGAGACUUCCUUCCUUAACCAAAGAACAAUCGAAGCUAGUGAAAGGUUCAUUCGACUUCAUUGGCAUAAACCAUUAUAGCUCAAUGUGGGUUCAGGAUAACUCGAAGGCUUUCGAGACUCCUCUACGCGACUUCAGUGCGGAUUUCCUCGCCAAAUUUUCAUUUUCAAAAGAUUUGCCGCCGAUCAGUCAGAUACUUCCUAUUGGCAUGCCGGUAGACUCUGCAGGUCUACAACACUGCUUGGAGUACAUCAGGGAUGUUUAUGGGAAUCCUCCGGUCUACAUCGAAGAAAACGGCUAUGCUCUCUUGACAAAUGAGACAAUUCACGACGUCGAAAGGAUCGACUACUUGAGCGCUUACAUUGGGAGCCUGCGCGAUGCGAUCAGGAAUGGAGCGAACGUGAAGGGGUACUUCGUGUGGUCUUUUAUGGAUGUGUUCGAGUUUUUGGCAGGGUAUCAACUUCAAUAUGGCCUUUACCAUGUGGACUUUGUAGGGGGCACCCUUGCGAGGCGACCGAAACUCUCGGCUCUUUGGUACUCCAAAUUCUUGAACAAGACCGACGCGAGAAUGAAUUGGAAAGCACAUGUUUCUCAAUAGAUUAAGCUCGUUUUGCUACGGAUCUUAAGGAAGUUGUUUGAAUGAUGCUCCACGAGCAUUUUAUCUAACAAGAUUUUAUGACAUUAAAAGAGCUUUCCAUCAGAAAUUUUAUUUCAAAAA